AUGGUCAUGUUUGCUCUGAGUGUGUGGGUCCAUUUUGUCGGGGGUGGGGGUCUCUGUAUAAAAUCUCUGCUCUCUGCUCCAGUCUCUCUGUCGUCUGUCACCAUGAAGCACUGCUGUGUCCUGCUCUUGCUGCUGUCUGUGGGUUCCUCGUGGGGGGCCCCGGUGGAGCAGCAGGGCCCCGAGGAGGCCUCCUGUACUGACCCAGUGGUGCUGGGGGCCGCUGCACAGGCCAUGGACAAGAUCAACAAGGAGCGCACUGAGGGAUAUGUGUACAGCCUGCGUGACCUCGCUAAUGCGCACAUUGACAAACAUGGAGAGAACAGUGUGAUGUUUUACCUGACCAUGAACGUGCUGGAGACCAACUGUAGCGUGCUCAGUAAAACUCACUACAAGAACUGUGAAGUACGGGACAUGAGCAGGACUCCGGUGUAUGGACAGUGUAAAGUGGCCAUCUUCAUCAGCAGAGUUCACCGUGUGGUCCGGCUCUACAAGUAUGACUGCGUGGUCAGACCAGUGGCUCCAGAAAAGGUGGUUCGGGUCUGCCCAGACUGCCCCUCUCUUGUGAGCAAGGACGACGCAGAAAUCCAAAAGACAGUUACUAAAUCCCUGGAGAAGUUCAACAAAGAAAGUGGACUGGCCAAUCACUUCUCACUGCUGCAAGUCACUCGUGCCUCUGCAGCGUAUAUGAUGGGCAUGGGCAUGACGUACUCAGCAGAAUACACCAUCCAGGAGACCACCUGUCCCACCAGUGCAGACAAACCGGCCGACUGCCCCCUCAUGGGCUGUGAGUUUGCUCACAAAGGCUUCUGCAGAGGCCACCACAUGCACGUUCCAUCUUCCAACAAAGAAGAAUCUGUGGAUGUGAAAUGUGAAAUCUAUGAGUCUGAGGCAGCGAACAGGGAGGAGAAACUCCAUCUGCUGGGGGAUGCCACGGACCACACUCAUAAUGACACUGGUGUGCUGGAGACCACACAGGGCCAUGACCAUGUGCACGACCACACCAAGAGCCACGAUCACCAUGACGACGCCCAUAAGCACACAGACAGCGACCUGCACCACCACACGCAUGACCACGCUGGACACAGACAUGCCCACGCCCACUCCCAUGACCACGGCCACGGGCAUGACCACGAGCACGCUCACCACGACAAGGCACAUGACCACAGCCAGGACCAGCCAAACCAGCACCACCAGUACACACACGUGGCCGGCCAGUCCACGCACCACCACGACCACGAGAUAGCACUGGACCACGAGCACAAGCACCGACACCUGCACCCACACGAGCACCACCACCACCACCAUGAGCACACACACGAGAGCAGCCCCCACACUGAGCCAGCGGGGGCCUGGAGACUGCUCCCCCCACUGGGAGCUGCCGUUACGCUGCCAGCCAUACCCCCUACCGCCCAGGCAGAGGUGGGCGUCCCACUGCCCCUUAAACCCGACCCUGAGAUCCCUGGACAGGUCGAGCCGAUGGUGAUGCCCUUCCCCAGCACAGUGUCAGCUCAGUGCCCCCCUCCCCUCCCCACAGACGACAUUGUGGGCAAGCUGUUUCUGGAAGACCCCCAGUUUAAGGUGGCUGCAUAA